GGAAAGAUGAUUAAAACAGUAUUUCAGCACGCAAAGAAGCACCCAGGACUCAUUCCCCAGUUCUUCUUCACCUUUUUAGGGAUGACUGGGGCCGCCCUCUAUCUGAUCCGUCUCGCUAAAGGACCCCAUGUCACCUGGGACAAGACGAACAACCCAGAGCCAUGGAACAAGCUAAGCCCAAGCUAUCAGUACAAGUUUGUGGCCAUCAACACCGACUACAAGAACCUGAAGAAGGAGGGCCCUGACUUCUGAAGGUCUCC